AUGGCCCAUAGUACACUGUUCGCUCGUCUCCUCCUGCUCUUACUUUCCACCACAACCUCACUACCUGCAUCCGCGUCAAAGAAUCCCAAACGUGGCAUUGCUUUCGCUGAUCCAAGCAACCCCGUCGAUAUCAAGAAAGCCAACACGAGUAGCAGCGUAAUAUCCUGGCAGUACAACUGGGCCUCGUCACCCCCCGACUAUCUAGCGAAGUCCGGAAUCCCCUACAUACCCAUGCAAUGGGGUACCAGUGGUAUCGAGGACUUUGCGAACAACGUCAAGAAACAAGGCGGAUUCAACGAACCAGACCUCUCGAGUCAAUCGAACAUAAAUGCAAACUACGCCGCUAAGCUCUGGAAGCAAUACAUCCACCCUCUUGCAGCAUCGGGCAUCCGUCUAGGCGCUCCUGCAGUUACCAGUGGUCCAGGGGGUCGCGUUUGGCUCACGGCUUUUUUGAACGCUUGUUCUGGUUGCAAGAUCGACUUUAUCCCGCUUCACUGGUAUGGAACCGGAACCACAAACUUCUACAACUAUCUCUCGCAGAUGCAUACCGACUUCCCUAAUUAUCCCUUGUGGGUGACCGAGUAUGCCUCGACGUCUUCCAACCCGUCUGAAGUGAAAGAUUUUCUCACCGCCACUACAAAGUACAUGGAUUCUCUGAACUAUGUGGAGCGAUACUCCUGGUUUGCUUACGAACGGCCACAAAGCGGGUCCUACUGGAACCUUCUCGACUCGCAGGGCAAUCUCGGCGACCUCGGCCAGCUAUAUGUGAAUGCUUGA